AUGAGCAACCAACAAGGAAGUGUCAACCAUGCCAUUGGUAGUGGUGCCGCAGAAACUGUUAAUGUAACACAAAAUGCCACAAGUAAUGUUGGGAUUAAUGAUAAUCAGAAGAUUGACGGAAAUGCCGAAUCAUCUAAUUCAAUCAAUAAUACUAGUAAUAAUAAUAAUAAUAAUGAGAGAAUUAUAUUACCAUCCUUCUCGUCCCUAAAAACAGAAGAUAAUCGUAUAGAUACUUCCAUGAAUCCAAUAGGUCCAAAGUCUAUCACAACUUCUUCUAGUACGCCUGCUUCUGUAGGAUUUUCUGUUGCCAGUCUUGAUAAUCCUUUACCUCCUGCUACUAAGAAGCCAGAAAUAAAGCUUCAUCCACUACCUCAACAGCAGCAGCCGAGGAUCUACACUCAACAGCAACCACAGCAGCAGCAAAUUCUUCAACAAGAUCAGCAGGAAAUUUUGCAAAAUCAACGCCAAGGUAGUACAGGCGCUUCAGAAACAUCUACAACUCAGUCACCCCUUGUGUCAGGACCGGCGCAGACACAGGGUGACCCCAUGUCUUAUAGACCUCUAAAUGUUAAGGAUGCAUUGUCAUAUUUGGAACAAGUUAAAUUCCAGUUUCAUACAAGGCCAGACAUAUAUAAUUUGUUUUUGGAUAUUAUGAAAGAUUUCAAGUCUCAGACAAUUGACACACCUGGUGUAAUUGAGAGAGUAUCAUCGUUAUUUAAAGGGUAUCCCAACUUGAUCCAGGGGUUCAACACUUUCCUUCCUCAGGGAUAUAGGAUAGAAUGCUCAAAUAAUCCAAAUGAUCCUAUCAAGGUAACUACACCAAUGGGGUCUUCUACGACUGUACUAAAUACAGCCCCUCAAAAGUCUCCUUCACCAUCAGAUAUCCAGACUAAUAAUCAGCAAACACAGGCUAUUGCUCAAGAAGCUCAGCUCCAAUCUCAGGCAACACCCAUCCCAACACAACAUGAUGUAGGUCAAAACUUUGGUUCUGCAAAGAAGCCUGCUGAUGUUGAAUUUAGCCAAGCAAUUACGUAUGUGAAUAAGAUUAAGACUCGGUUUGCUGAUCAGCCCGAUAUUUACAAGCAAUUUCUAGAAAUUCUUCAGACAUAUCAAAGGGAACAAAAACCAAUUCAUGAAGUGUAUGCACAGGUAACUAUAUUAUUUCAGAAUGCACCUGAUUUGCUUGAUGACUUUAAGAAAUUCUUACCAGAUUCAUCAGCUUCAGGAUCUGAAGAAACCCAGGUUCAGCAACAGCAGCAUUAUCAGUCUUUAUCAGAUAAGAUGGGAGGUAAUGCUGAGGCUGCAAACUAUGCUGCAAGUGGGAUGAAUGCUCAAACAGGUUAUUAUGAGCCAGUGAAAGGGGGAGUUUCUUACAAUACUCAACAAAAUCAACAUCAACAACAGAACCUCCCUCCAAUUGGCAGUUUCUCACCACCUACAAAUGGGCCUUUUGUUGAUCAAACACAGCAAUCAGCCAAUCCGGAAACUCAGAAAGGUGUUAUGAGCUUGCCUUCUAUGAUGAAUAAUGCAGAAGCAGUAAAGGAGCAAGCUAUAAAGCAGGCGCACUCUCGACUAAUUUCUGAUUCUCAUGAUCACAAUUCCCAGCAACAAGUUCUCUCUCAAAAUAUCCACAGUAAUGAUGACAUUCCUGUUUCCAACCUAAGGACGACUGUUGUUGAGCAAAAUUAUCACCCGGAAACAAUUUAUCAACAACAAGGUAAUGCUCAACAACACAUGGUUGAUGGGGGAUAUGUUGGUACACCUAGUGAGCUAGUUGUUAGACCGGAGAUAGAUUUAGAUCCUAGUCUCGUUCCAGUAGUUCCUGAGCCUACGGAACCUAUAGAGAAUAGUCUAAAUCUGAUGGAAGAAACUAACUUCUUUGAGAGAGUUAAAAAAUCAAUUGGCAACAAACAAAUUUAUAAUGAGUUCCUAAAGAUCCUUAACUUGUUUUCAUUAGAUCUUCUGACAGUAGAUGAAUUGGUAGACAAAGUUGAAUAUUAUAUUGGAGCCAACAAAGAAUUAUUUGACUGGUUCAAAGUCUUUGUCGGUUAUCAGGACAAACCAAAGAGAAUAGAAAAUAUUGUGCAUGAAAAACAUAAAUUAGAUUUAGAUCUAUGUGAGGCCUAUGGUCCUAGUUAUAAGAAACUUCCUAAGACUGAUACAUUCAUGCCCUGUUCUGGAAGAGAUGAUAUGUGCUGGGAAGUGCUAAAUGAUGAGUGGGUCGGACAUCCAGUAUGGGCGUCUGAGGAUUCUGGUUUUAUCGCUCAUAGAAAGAACCAAUAUGAGGAGACUUUAUUCAAGAUAGAGGAAGAAAGACAUGAGUACGACUAUUACAUCGAGUCAAAUUUGCGAACAAUACAAACCUUGGAAACCAUUGCCAAUAAGAUCGCGAACAUGACCGAUGCAGAAAAGGCACAGUUUAGAUUGCCUCCUGGUCUUGGCCAUACUUCUAUGACAAUUUAUAAAAAAGUUAUUAGGAAAGUUUAUGACAAAGAAAGAGGAUUUGAAAUAAUAGAUGCUUUGCAUAACUAUCCGGCCAUAUCAGUUCCAAUUAUAUUAAGAAGAUUGAAGCAAAAAGAUGAAGAAUGGAGAAGAGCACAACGUGAAUGGAAUAAAAUAUGGAGAGAUCUUGAACAGAAAGUUUAUUUCAAAUCUCUAGAUCACCUAGGUCUGACAUUUAAGCAAGCCGAUAAGAAAUUGUUAACAACAAAGCAGUUAAUAUCUGAAAUAAAUGGAAUUAAAGUUGACCAGAAUAGCAAAAGGAUUCAUUGGCUUACCCCUAAACCAAAAAACCAACUUGAUUAUGACUUUCCAGAUUAUGAUAUAUUAUUCGAUAUUAUUGCCUUGGGUUUUGUUUUUACCAUCAAUACUAACCUUUACUCUAACCCAGAUAAGGAAAGAAUUAAAGAUAUGUUGAGAGUUUUUGUAUCACAAUUUUUCUCAAUUCCAUUAAAGGAGGUCAGUGACGCCUUGGAACGCAGAGGAUUCAGUGAUGACAACAAUAAUGAUUCUGAUAAGGGUAGUGGAAAAAUGGAUCAGAUUGCUGAAGAAAUUGGUGAAACUGAGCAAGACACAUCAUCAUCAAAGAAGAGACCUUUUGACAAUGAUUUGAACAUGUCAGAUAUCUUACAUAAAACCAAGCAACAGAAGACAAAGAUGAAUAAAGAGAUGGAUGGCAGCAAAUCCCCUUCGGAAGAUCUCGGUACAGAUAGAAAUGUAGGUACUAUUGAAGAUUCUGGCAGUCUCUCCGAACACAGGAAACAAUGGUUAGUUGGUGAUGUGGUUGACAGUGCGAACAAAGAGACUCCAAUGGAUAACAGGAACAUUUAUAACUUGUUUGCUAACACCAACAUUUACAUCUUCUUUAGGCAUUUAGUUACACUUUACGAGAGAUUAUCAGAGGUCAAACAGAUUAAUGAUGAGAUCAAUAAGGAGAUCAAAUCUAGAAGGGUAACAACUUUUGCUAAAGAUCUAGGACUUAUUUCCACUCAACUAUCUGAACUAGGACUUGAUUUUAAUAGCUCAGAUGCUUAUCAACAACUUUUGACAUUGAGCAAGCGCUUGAUAGAGGGUGAUAUUGAGCACCAAUGGUUUGAAGAGAGUAUAAGACAAGCAUAUAACAAUCGUGCAUUUAAGCUUUAUACAAUUGAUAAAGUUGUCCAAUCGUUUGUGAAGCAUGCGCACACUUUGAUAUCUGAUUCAAAAACAUCAGAAAUAAUGUUGCUGUUUGAAAAUCAAAGAAAUAAUACCUUAACUACCACUAAGGACCAGAUUCUAUACAGAAUUCAAUGUCGUUCACAUAUGUCAAGCACAGAAAAUAUGUUUAGAAUCGAAUAUAAAAGAGAGAAACGUCAUGCAUCAAUUCAAUACAUUGCUCUUGAUGACCUAACUUUAAAGACUGCUAAAUCACCAGAGGAGGCGUGGAACUAUUAUGUCACUUCUUACUCUCUAUCGAAUCCAACUGAAGGGGUUCCGCAUGAAAACUUAGAAGUGCCAUUUUUAGAGAAAGUAAUUGAAUUUGAUCAAGAAUAUAGCAAGGACAAUGGUAAUAAUUCAACUUAUUCUUUGGCUGGUAUUUCAAAGUCCAACUUACAUAUUGAUAUCGACAGAGAGAAAUAUAACUUGAUUUUACAAGGCGGAUCCUCAGAUGUAUACUCACGUGCUACUAUUCAAAAGUAUCCUAUUGUUGCAAGUGAUGAAUCAAGAGCAGCAAAUAUUUCAGAGAAAACUCAAGAGAUCAGAAAGGUUUUAUCACAUUACGAUGGAAAUUCGAAUGAUGACGUAAAUGAGAAAUUCAACUACAUUCUUGCGAAUGGAACUAUUGACGGAUAUGUGAGACAGUCUGCAGCUGUUGUUCAAGAGACGGAGAAGACUUAUAAUGAUGAUUCGGGUAGAAAUACGAGCAGUAUCAAGUCCAUAAUUGGCUCUGCCACUGAAAGAACAGAAAAGCCUUUAAUUAAUGGCUCCCCUAUUAUUGAUUAA